AUGAGGAACACGGGAAAUCUUUUAAAAUGGACUCAAAACUCCAACAACAAAUCAGCCAAAGGUGGAGGAGAAAAUCGAAAUUGGAUACAUCCUCCUGAAGCUUUACAAAAAGGUCAUAUUGCGUACAUCGUUAAGUUUCUGGGAAAUGUCGAUGUAGACCAACCAAAAGGUUUUAAAGUGAUCAAAGAGUCUAUCCAAAAGUUAAAAUUUAAUCAACAAGUCCGGAAAGCCGAAGGUUCUAAAGUACCGAAAGUUGAGCUUACAAUAAGUGUUGAAGGCGUUGCACUGCAAGAUCCAAAAACAAAAGUAAUAAUGCAUCAAUAUCCGUUGCACAGAAUUUCUUACUGUGCCGACGAUAAGGUGGACAAACAGUUUUUCAGCUUUAUCGUAAAAGACUCCAAUGAAUCUGAACGACACACUUGUUUUGUGUUUAUGAGUGACAAGUUAGCUGAAGAGAUCACUCUCAGCAUUGGACAAGCUUUUGACCUUGCAUACAAGUGGCCCAGCAAGCCGACGAACAAGCCGACUUUCAGAGCUCGGCAGUUGGAUGUUUCAAAACCUCUACCGAUCUAUAUGUCUGAUGAUUUGCCUGACCUGCACGAGUGUAUGGAAUUAAAGCGCGCUGUCCCCCAAAUGCCCAGUGGUAUGGAAAAAGAAGAGGAAUCUGAACAUCAUUUACAACGUGCCAUGGUCGCAGGAAGUGUUAUACCCACACCUGAAGUAGCUAAAUUAAUAAAUAAUGACUUAAAAUGGCAUGAUCAAACAUAUCCUCCAGAUUGCCACCCUCCGAAACAACUAAUACACAUAACACCAUUCACAAUGGAACAAGAUGUUCCAGAAUAUGAUUAUGACUCUGAAGACUUAGAAUGGCUAAAUACGACUGGUAGAUCAAAUAGUAUUACAGCUGAUAAACUUGAAGAGCUUGUUGACAAAUGGGAAAAACAUAGCACUUACAAUAUUAUUGAUUUAUCUGAUGCUAAGUCACUAACUAAAGAUGACGAAGAUACCAUCUUAUUAAUUUAUGAUUAUUGGUUGAGGAAGAGAGUACGUGUAGGUCACACUUUAUCUCCAGCUGUACGUACUGAACCUAUAGCUGGUGCUCCUCCUAAUGAUUCAUACGUAGCAUUUAGAAAAAGGCGUGAUAAAAUUCAAACAAGAAAAAAUAGGAAAAAUGAUGAAGCAUCUUAUGAAAAAAUGUUAAAAUUACGUAGGAACUUGGCUAGAGCAUUUGAUUUAAUUGGAACUAUACAACACAGAGAAACACUUAAGAAACAAUUAGUACAAUUAACUCUUGAUACAUACCAAAAACGAUUUGAUUUACGCGAUUUUAAUGGAAAUAUUUAUAAGGAUGUAGAAUUAGUGAAAACUGUACGACAUGCAUUUACUCCAAUCUCAACUAAUCAUUAUAUGUCUGGCAUGUGGAAACAAGGUGAUAUGAAAAAAAGUUCUGCAAAUACUAAAUACCAGGAUGCCAAAAGAGAAAAAAGACACUAUAGAAAAAGGAAACAUAAGUCAUAUGAUGUGGAUCAUUUAAGUUCUGAUGAAGAAAUGUAUUCUCCUCCACAUAAAGUCCAAAAUGUUGAUGAUGGUGGUGGUAAAUGGUCUUUCCGUCGAAAUAAGCAUUGUUCUUACCUGGCCCCUCUUAAUUCUCCGGAACCUGUGGACCCUACAUUUGGUUUUCAACCAGUUUAUAUACAAAAAAAUAAAAACCAUAAAUCUUUAGGUUUAUGUAGGCCACGAUAUGGUAGAGGUGGAAGGAUUGUUUUAGAUCGUUACACAAAUGAUGAUGACCGGUGGGCAUCUUUGGAUUAUAAUAUAAUUGAACAAAAACAAUAUGAAAUGGUGGAGUUCAAACGUUAUUCAGACAAUGAAAUGUCAGAUUACUUUAGUGAUGCAGAUAUUGACUGUCCAAUAAUGGAAAUUAAUAGUGAAAUACAACGAGGUAAAACAAGGAUAGAAUUGAAUUGGGAUAAUUUUGGCCCAGAAAUUUUCCAAGGUGUAGCCGACAUUUGUAAGGUUGAAUAUGAUGAAAUGAAUAAAGAAAAGAAUGAACAAGGCGAGUCCAUAUUGGAAAGAUUUGUUAGUCAAAAUCAACCGCAAGCUGUUGAACCUACUUUGACGCUGGGUUCCGAUUCCGAAGUCGUAGGAUGUUCACAAUUUAGAACAACAGAUAUAAGUGAACCUAGACGAUUAAGAUCCACCAAUUGUUUAUCAUUAAAAAGGCUAUUAAAAUGUGACACUGAUUCCCAUUAA